CUACCUGCGCAAGUGCAGAGGGCUCUUCCGGCGCCUCCCCAGACAGGGAUGCUGCGGCUCUACAGAGGGCCGAGGCAGGUCGUGGCAGAACCCAGCACCUGGGGUUCAGCUUGGCUUCCUCUUGACGCCGAGAUGCCUAAGAAGGCUGGUGCGACGACCAAGGGUAAAAGCCAGAGCAAAGAACCGGAGAGACCUCUUCCUCCCUUAGGUCCUGUGGCAGUUGAUCCUAAAGGUUGUGUCACCAUAGCCAUCCAUGCCAAACCUGGCUCCAAACAAAAUGCUGUAACAGAUUUGACAGCAGAAGCUGUAAAUGUAGCUAUUGCAGCACCUCCAUCAGAGGGAGAGGCUAACGCUGAGCUCUGUCGGUAUCUUUCCAAGGUCCUAGAACUCAGGAAGAGUGAUGUGAUUUUGGAUAAGGGUGGUAAAUCUCGUGAAAAGGUGGUGAAGCUUUUGGCCUCUACAACUCCAGAAGAGAUCUUGGAGAAAUUAAAAAAGGAAGCCAAAAAAACAUAAGAGCAAGAAAUGAGGCCAGGUGUGGUGGCUUAUGCCUCAAUCCCAGCACUUUGGGAGGCUGAGCGGGCAGAUCACCUGAAGUCAGGAGUUUAAGAUCAGCCUGACCAACAUGGUGAAACCCUGUCUCUACUAAAAAUACAAAAUUAGCUGUGUGUGAUGGUGCAUACCUGUAAUCCCAGCUACUCGGGAGACUGAGGCAGGAGAAUCGCCUGAACCCAGGAGGCGGAGGUUGCAGUGAGCUGAGAUCGCGCCAUUGUACUCCAUCCUGGGCAACAAGAGUGAACUCCCUCUCAAAAGAAAUGAAAAAUAUAUCCUUGAGAAACUUUUUUAUUGCUAAUGAUGAAAAGGCUGUUAAAUAGAAACAUAUACUGUAUGCACAGAAGAGCAUGCAGAGAAGAAUAUAUAUAUGUUCAAAUAAGACUUCAAAAAGUAGAAAUUUUAAAAGUGCUACACAUUGAAUACGGGUUCUGAAAUCCCUAACCCCAAACAGCCUGGAACAUGUUACUCUGAUUUCAUGGCAUUAUAAAAUAACAGAGCUGGAAAGAAUAUUGAGGAUGACCUGAUUUAACACCUUUCAUUCUGUGGGCAGAGCGUCUGAUACCCAGAAGCUGAGAGAUUUACUCAAGAUUGUACCACUGGCAACUAGAACUCAGAUCUUUUGACUCCUUGUUGAAUUAAGUUUUUCCAGGUUGUAAAUUAAAGUCAUCAUAUCUCCACAA